AUGGUAAAAUCCAACCUCCAGCGGAUCCUAAACAGUCAUUGCUUUGCUCGCGAAAAGGAAGGAAAAACACAGACUCUCACUACCAUGGCGGAUUUGAGUAGCGGUAUUUGUGAUAUGAUUGCAAAUCUGUCCAUGCACUGUUGUAGUAGUACCCGCGGCCCAGGGCCUCUGUGGUGCUCCGAUGCCCCUCUCCCACCCCUGAAGAUCCCAGGUGGGCGAGGGAAUGGUACACGGGAUCACGCUCCUGCAGCUCGGUUGCUCCACUCAGACCUGAAGUUGACCGUUAGUGAGGAGCCGGCGAGCAGCGGUUGCCCUAGGAUACUCCACUUCCAAAGUCAUCUCACCGUCACUAAGUCGGUUCAAUGGGACGCUGUCGUGAGCAGCAGCGCUCUCUUCGUGGAGAUACCUCUUGAACCGCUGCCUGAAGGCAGCAAAGAGAGCUUUGCAGCUCUGCUAGAAUACGCUGAAGAACAUCUGAAAGUGGCCAGCGUGUUUGUCUGCUUCUACAAGAACAGGGAUGAUCGUGCCAAGCUGGUGCGUACGUUCAGUUUCCUGGGCUUUGAGCUAGUGAAACCGGGCCACGCCCUCGUCCCGCCUCGACCCGACGUUCUCUUCAUGGCCUACAAUUUCGACAGGGACUCUUCCGACGAGGAGUAGACUCCCCUCACCAUUCUGGCUCUUUUCCUCCUUUGUUUUGUGUUUGUUAAACUCUCAAGUUCCCCUUUGAGCAUCAAGUUUGGAUAAGAGGUUUCCCUUUGGCUUGCUUAGUGUUGUUAGAUGUGAUUAUAGCUCUGCUUUGUUUACCCAAGGAGUCGUUUAGUUGUUUGAAUGUACAACACACAAAGGUCAUCAUUUUUUUUUUUUUUUUUUUUUACACUCUGGUACUGGGGCGAUUAAAUGGCUGUCGUGUUUGAAUCUUUUCAGGGGGACCAUUGGUGUAGCACUAAUAUCUAUUUGUUUAAAACCCCAUUUAUUGGUACUUAAUAGCCGCACCAUUUCAGUGAAGGCGUUUUGAGCAUGUAAAGUGGAUUACUUAAAGGGCCUUAUUUUAUUUUAUUUUAUGCUUUGUUCUGAUGUAUAUCUCAUUACAGUAUAUUCAUAUUUUGAUUUGUGGAUGGUAUGAGGGGCACAAAAAGCUGUGAUGUUAUGAUUUGACGGACUUUGCAUCUGCAUUCCUGUUUUGUUAAAUGUUCACCUGGCAAACAGUGCAACUGUACCUAUUGUACUUCUCUUAUAAUAAAACAAAAUCCCCAAAUCUA